AUGUCUUUUAAUCCAAGAGGAAGCAACAAGGAGUACUCUUUCAUGUCUACUACUGCUCCAUCUGUAGAUAGAAAGCUUCCAUUCCUUCCAGGCUAUACAUUCGACGACAAAUUCAUUAAGGAUAGACAUCAUAAGGGACAAUUAUUAGCAUACAAAAAUAAUAUUCCUGUUGUACAUGAUUACGAUGUCCCUGUUGAAGUGGAUGAACUUCAAACAGAAACCGAAAAGCUGGCUGAAAUGCUCAAAUCCACCACUCAACUUUAUAAAACCUCUGUAACCAAUAAUGAUACAACUAAAAAAGAAAAUUGGUUGUCUUUGGAAAAGAAGGUCCUCAGAUUCAAUGCUUUUUUCAAGGAAGGUGUUCAUGAAAGUGCUGUUGAACAAAGUAGGGUUAGAAAAUGUGUAAUUUUCUACUACCUCGAAGAUGAUACAAUGCACAUCAGUGAACCAAAGCAAGAUAACUCUGGUAUUCCUCAAGGUACUUUGGUCAAGAGACAUCGUAUUCCAAGAGAUAGAGCUUCGGGAAGUUCAAAUGUUUACUAUACAAUGGACGAUCUUAACAUUGGAAGAGAAGUUACAAUUUACGGAAAGACAUUCAGAAUUGUUGAUUGCGACUCUUUCACAAGAGAAUUCUAUAAUGGUAUUGGUGUUGAAGUUCCAGAACCAGAGCUUUACCCUGGCGAUCAAUAUACUGAUUUGAGAGAUACUAUUAAAAAGUCAAUGAAUCCUUACAAGUCCUUAAAUCCAAUGGACCAAGAUCUUAAGAAGUAUAUGGAAUAUUCAUUCAAGGGUAUGCGUACCACACCAUCAAAGCAAGAAAAAGUUGCUGUACAAAAAUUCCUUGCAUUUGAUAGACAAGUAUUGCGUUUCUUCUGUUACUGGGAUGACUCUGAAAAGUUGUAUGGUGAUAAGAGAUUCUUCAUUUUGGAAUACUACCUUUCAGAUGACACCAUGAUGAUUACUGAAGUUUACCCAGCCAACUCUGGUUAUGAUCCAUUCCCAGUCUUUUUGAAGAGACAAAAGGUUCCAAGAGUUAAAAGCUCUGCUGUUGAACCAACUACAUGUUAUGAUGAAACAGAUCUUGCUAUUGGAAAGCGUGUUGUUGUUUUCUCAAAGAACUUUUUGCUCUAUGAUUGUGAUGAAUUCACCAGAGACUUCUUUGCCAGAAAGUAUGGCAUUACCAGCAUGACUCCAAUUGAGGUGAAGGAUGCUCCAAAGCCUGAAAUUCAAUAUCAAGAACCACCAUAUAAUGGAUUUGGUGAUGAAGAAGAUUCUUUGGGUUCUUGGAAAUACUUGGUUAUUAAACCACCAAAGAAGGAUGUAAAGAAGUAUAUUGAAAAUGAUCACAAGCUCUUUAGAUACUCUGCAGUUUUACUUACUGACUGUCCAGAAGACAAGGGAAGAAAAUUCAUUCUCUCCUAUUACCUUUCUGAUGACACUAUUUCAGUAUUCGAACCUGUACAAAGAAACAGCGGUAUUCUUGGAGGAAAAUUCCUUCAAAGAUCCAAGAUUAAGAAUGACAAUGGUGAUUUUAUUAAGGCCCAUGACACCUUUAUUGGAUCUGUUUUGAACAUCAACAGCUACUUAUUCUACUUGCAAGAAACUGAUGAAUAUACUGUAAACUAUAUGGAACAAAAUGCUUCACAAUUCCCUAAGGCAAACAUUGAAACUAUUUUGAAUAAGAUUAGAAAGGAAGUGAUAAACCUUCCAGACUAUAAGCUUAGAGAUGCAUUAGCUGAAACUGAAGGUCCAGGAAAGGUCGGAAUGAUGUCUUUAAGAUCAUUCUUUGAUAGUUUAGGUAUUAACAUUGUCGAGCAUGAAAUUAUUACAAUUUUGAGACAUUUCAAUGCAAAGGAAGAUGGUGCAAUUUCAUAUUCUGAAUUCUUGAGUGCAAUUACAUCAGCUCCAACCAUUGAAAAGAAGCAACAAUCAAUUCAAAAAACCCAAAAGAAAGUUAUUGAUGAAGAUGUUUUUAAGGUUGCUCUUAAAGUUUUCAAGGAAAAGAUUGGCACUAGAAGACUUCUUGUCCAUGACUCUUUCAAGAUUAUUGCUGACAAGAGUGUUGAUGGCUUGAUUGGAGAGGUUGAAUUCAAGCGAGCAGUUCAAGAUGGUCUCAAACUUUCCUUAUCAGAUGAACAUAUCGAAUCUUUAAUUGAUCACUUCUUCCCAGAAACUAAGCGUAGAUUAACUUUAAUAGAAUUUAUGAAGAUUAUUGAAGGUACAUCUACAUACCUUUAUGCUAAGCAAAAUAAAUAAAAUACCUAAAUUUCC